UGACCUCUCGAGCAGUUCGAGCGCCCAUAGCACAGCUCAGCGUCCCGCAGCGGUGCUUGCACUUGUUGGCAACUCCAAAGAUGAAUCUGUAGCUUAGAUAUCCCAUCUUGACACAACCAUGGCAGCUACCUCGGGCAUCGGUCUUUCUGCAGAAUUAACUCGAGCUUUCUCUGCCGCUGUAGAGACGCAGAACAUCCGCUUCAUAAAGGUCGUCAUCCGGAAUGAAUCACUUGUACCAGUCACCUCAGUAGAUGUUACUGGAUCUCUAGAGGAGGACCUUGCAUUGCUUGACUCCCGUCUGGCGGAGAAUGACCCAUGUUACAUCCUCGCACGCCUGGACGAUCCGUCUUCCGAAUGGCUUCUGAUCAGUUAUGUUCCCGAUAGUGCCAAAGUUAGAGAUAAAAUGCUCUACGCCUCUACGCGUAACUCCCUGUCCAAGUCCCUCGGAUCCACCGUAUUUACUGACAGUCUCUUCGCAACCUCGAAGGCAGAUGUUACCCCGGAGGGUUAUGCCGCGCAUAAACGACACCAGGCUGCUCCACAACCUUUGAGUGCCAGGGAGCAGGAAAUGGCCGAUAUCAAGGCCGCUGAGAGACAAGCAGCAGGUAAUGUGUAUGAAGGCAGCAGAGCCCGACAAAAUCACCUUGGUGACGGCAAGGUCGUGGUUUUGCAAAUUGAGUUGUCGACCGAAACGCUCAUUCUCCACUCGAGUUCAGAAGCUCAGGUUAAUACAUUGAGCUCUUUGAUACCUGCCUCUGAGCCCUCUUUCACGCUCUAUGCCUGGUCACAUUCCUACUCGGCCACGAAACGCGACAUUAUAUUCAUUUAUUCUUGCCCAAGCGCCUCACCCAUCAAAUAUCGAAUGAUGUACUCCUCGGGCGCCCUGCAGAUAUUCAGGGAAGUAAAGGACAUUCCUGGAAACCACACCGAGCUUCUUGCUUGCACCCAAGAAACUUGAGACCUCAGACCCUUCCGAACUAACAGAACGGUAUUUCAUGCAAGAGUUAGGCUUUAGUAGUGGGCCAGUAGAUGAUACCCACAACUCAGCGACGCAGAGGAACGCCUUUGCCCGGCCCAGAGGGCCUGCCCGAAGACGCUGACGACGGAUGUCUGAGUAGCUUCCAUAUCGCUGUUUUCCUACUUAGCGCGACUCGUUGCUUGGACU